AAUAAAAUCUUGGUAGUUGGCCGCAGAUUUCCCUGAAAUCCCACCCGUCGACGAACCAGGUCAGUGGUCCGACGCGUUUCCUGUACAAUACACUGUCAAAAGAAAAGCCAAUCCCUAUUGCCCUAUAUCUCCAUUUCUAGGGUUUAUCUCGAGCUCUUUCAAGACCUGACUAUGAACGCUGCAGCGGCGACUGUGUUUCUACCUUCUACCGGUGUGCACCGCCCUUUGCACUCUGGUCUCCGAUCAGCUGUUCUGACAGCCAAUCAACCCUAUUUUCUGCGUUUCGGUAUUAGACCUUUUAAUCCGGUUAAGCAUUACUCUUUAGCUUUGCACCCGAAGUUGGUGCAUAGGAGAGUGGCUUUUGAGGGUAGGAGAGGCAUGGCGAUUAGGGCAUCAUUGAAUCCUGACUCGGCUGAGCCUGAGCCCGAUCCUGCUGCUUCAAUUGCUCCACUUCAGCUAGAGUCACCAGUUGGGCAGUUUUUGUCUCAAAUCUUAGUCAGCCACCCGCAUCUUGUGCCUGCAGCUGUUGAGCAGCAGCUUCAACAGCUUCAAACUGACAGUGAGGCUGAGCAGAAGAAGGAAGAGCCUUCUGCUUCAGGCACUGACCUAGUUUUGUACAGGAGAAUUGCCGAGGUGAAAGCCAAUGAACGAAGAAAGGCUUUGGAAGAGAUUUUGUAUGCUUUACUUGUACAAAAGUUUAUGGAUGCUAAUGUUCCUUUGGUACCAGCAAUAGCACCCUCUUCUUCAGACCUUUCUAGUUGUGUGGAAACAUUGCCAAGCCUACCUGAGAAGCUCGAGCAGCUUCACUCACCUGAAGCCUUUGAGAUGAUCCAGAACCACCUAGCUCUUAUUUUGGGAAACCGGUUAGACGAUAUUACCUCUGUGGCACAGAUAAGCAAACUUAGGGUUGGACAGGUGUAUGCUGCAUCAGUGAUGUAUGGGUACUUCCUAAAGCAAGUUGACCAACGGUUUCAGCUUGAGAAGACUAUGAAAAUUCUUCCAAAUCCGUCUGACGAUGGAAGUAAUAUUAGGCAAGCUGCUGGUGAGGACAAGAGGCCCAGUGGUGUAGGGGACUCCCAUCAAUCUGUCUCAUCACACCCUGAAGCCUCAUCCUGGUCUGGUGGAAUCAGUCCUGGGGGUUUUGGUCAUGGUUUAAAGCCCUCUAGGUUACAGACUUACGUGAUGACCUUUGAUGGGGAGACACUGCAGAGAUAUGCGACAAUAAGAUCAAAAGAGGCAGUUGGCAUCAUUGAGAAGCAAACUGAGGCAUUGUUUGGAAGACCAGAGAUUGUCAUAACGCCUAAAGGAACUGUUGAUUCUUCCAAUGAUGAGCUUAUUAAGAUUAGCUUUAGUGGUCUGAAGAGACUUGUUUUGGAGGCUGUGACGUUUGGUUCUUUUCUUUGGGAUGUUGAGAGCUAUGUGGAUUCAAGGUACCAUUUUGUUAUGAACUGAGUUAUGUUAAGUUUUGUUUCUGCUAUAGCAAAGUUUCUAGUGGGAUGCAGCUGACUAAACUACUGCAGUACAAUUUUGCAAAUUUGGUUAUCUGCAUUGAAUAAUGUUUGCCUACUUAUUGUUCUAUACACUUUUUUUUAUAGGAAGAAAAAAGGCUUAUUGACUUAUGAUUAUCCUUGUAAAAUUUAUUUUA